ACAAGAACCCGGCGCGAAAUUAUUGCAAGUCCACAUCCGCGAAGCGCCAACCUCCAUGCUCGCGUCUGCCGUCAAGUUCAAGUUCGGAUCGUGAAGUAUCUAAAACGGACAAUUACAGUCCGGGUUUAUAUAAUAAAAUAAAAUUUUACGUUACCAGACGAUUUCAAAAUGCUCUGAACCAGCUAAACCGUCGCGAUGAGUGUGAAAGACAACCUGUCGAACAUCAGUGACUUAGUGCUAGUCUCAAACACUUCCUCCCAAGAAGUGAACCUAUAUCCGUUCUCUCUGGUGGUUCCCUUCACCAUAGUAUACGUGAUCAUAUUUUUCACGGGAGUGAUAGGUAACGUGAGUACGUGUGUAGUUAUAGCAAAAAACAAAUCCAUGCACACUGCCACCAACUACUACCUCUUCAGUCUGGCGGUGUCGGAUAUGGUCCUCUUGAUUUCCGGGCUACCACCGGAAAUGUACAGGAUCUGGUCCCCGGACACCUACGUCUUCGGGGAAGCUUUCUGCGUGUUGCAGGGGUUCGCCGCGGAAACCUCUGCCAACGCUAGCAUCCUCAUCAUCACAGCUUUCACCGUGGAGAGGUACCUGGCCAUCUGUCAUCCGUUCCUUUCACACACCAUGUCUAAGCUCUCUAGAGCGGUGCGUUACAUCAUCGCCAUUUGGAUCGUGGCUUUGGCUCUGGCCAUCCCGCAGGCUAUACAGUUCGGUAUAGAAGUGGAGGUGAAGGAUGGGGUUCAGAUGAGCCACUGCACGGUGGUAAAGACUUUUUUCGAGCACGCUUUUGAGAUCUCGACGUUCGUGUUCUUCGUGGGGCCUAUGACCCUCAUAUCCAUUUUGUACGUGUUGAUUUGGAUUAGGCUGAAGAAAUCGAAGAAAAUCACCGCCCAUAGGGUGUCGACCUGUACGACCAGCAGCUCUACCACGGAGCCGGGGAGGAAGAGGAUGGUGCGCAACGCCUGCGCCCAGAAUAGGGUCGUCAAAAUGCUGAUUGCUGUCGUAGCGGCAUUUUUUAUCUGUUGGGCGCCGUUUCACGCUCAAAGACUGCUGGCUGUUUAUUUGGCGGGAGCAUCAAUGGAGGCUCAGCAGGCCUUUUUCAACUUCUAUCUGUAUUUGAUGCACACUUCUGGGGUGCUGUAUUUCGUUUCCACUACCAUCAAUCCGCUCCUGUACCACAUCAUGUCCAGGAAGUUCCGCAAAGCAUUUAAGGAUACUUUUUCUGACUUCUGCGGCUGCGACACCGAGAUCAAGAUUCGCCACUACACCGCCAUCAGAAAGCUACCCCCCUCCAUGAGAAACAUGCAGCGCUCGGUCUCCGACGGCGUCACCCAGGUCAACAGGGAUUUUUUAGGGCUCAGGAGGGGUCGGCCAGUGCUCGCUUCGAAAAACCCCAGCAGCUCUAAGGGCUCCCAACACACCCGUAUUAGUUUUUUUUCGAACGAGGCCCGGUGCAGUUCCAUGUACGAAAGGAAUAAGUCUUACGCCACUCAAAGCAAGGCCUCUCCGGGGGAACACGGUAAAUAUUUAAGUUUUUUACCCGUGGGGUUUCGUGAUGCCUUUAAGACCAACGAGGUGAUUCGAACUAAUCUGGAAACGGAGAACUGUGAUAGUGCUAACACCAUCAGCAAUUCUAGUCUUAAAGAUACUGACAUGACGGAGUUCAACUAUUCGGAUCUUGUCAACGACAUGAUAGAAAUAAACAAGAAUAUUAGUUAGGGUAUAGAUUCAUUUCGAUGUACAGAGUGUUAAAUGAGGUUAACGUGAUUGCAGGCCAAUCAAUAGAGCAAUAAAUCAGUGAUUUUGUGACAAAAAUACUAGUAGUAAACGGACUGUGCCAUCAUGUAAAAGACAGUCUGUAGAUAUAUGCAUAUAUGUUAUGUGUAAGUUUCUGGAUGCGUUGGAGGUGGUCCGAUUUUAAUUUUUCAGCAGGAUUUUAAAAGUAGAAGUAUAAACUACAAAAGG